AUGAUCAAAUACGUGUGGCACGUGGCGGCGCUAAUGAUUAUCUUCUGUUGGCUGCCGGCGACGAGCGCUCGCACUACCAGCUAUAAUCACAUUAAUGGCUUGGGAGUGGAACAACAACAGCAAAAGACUCAACAACCGCCAAUGCAAUCAUCGAACUCAGCUGCCUCAUCAUCAUCAUCAUCGGGUAUUUGGAAGGAUCUGUCUCUGGUCUAUCGCAUCUAUCAGCAAUGCACGGGUGAAAACAUGGCCGUGUGUCUCAAGCUGAAGCUUUUAACUGGACUAGAGAAGGCUUUCCGCACCGCUAAAACAUUGUCUCUCUUUGAGGGAGUUCAAUUCGUGGCCAGCGGCGAGGAGAUGCAGAAGCGUGCGCAUUUGCCACCCAUAAAUGAGCAAGAUAUUGAGGCAGUUCUUCCUCGAGGCAUAGAUGCCAAGGAUCAGGUAUUGAACAGCAUGAUUAUGAAGCGUUUGGGCAGCUUCUUGCAGGAUCACACGUUACAGAUUAAGUUUCCUGAUAUGCGGGAUGCGGACAGCAACUCGAUUGAGGGUCGCAAGAAGAAGGACAAAAAGGGCAGCGGUGCCUACAUUAUGAUUCCUCUGCUGCUUGGUGGCACCAUUGUACCCAUUGCGUAUGGAGCAUUGGCAAUGUUGGCGGGCAAGGCUCUAAUUGUGUCGAAGUUGGCUUUGGUGCUGGCCUCCAUCAUUGGCAUUAAGAAGUUGCUGAGCGGCGGCGGCGGUGGCAAGGAAUCUUCACAUGAAGUUGUUGUCUCUUCUGGCGGUCAUUCGGGCUGGGGGCGUGACUUUGAUGUGGCCUACAGCGGCUGGAAGCCGGCCAAGGAAUCAGCGGGUAGUUCCAAGAGCUUGUAGAGCAAUUGCCAGCUUGUCGAGCUUACGUUUGCAUUUGGAUGUGGAUGUGGAUAGGAUGAAGAAAACCAAAGAAACGAUUGCCGCAUGAAUUGUCUGAAUAAGAAAUAAUGUCUUAGCUUAAUUCGAUGACGUAUUUAUAUAUAUAACGAACUAAAUGUGUGUAUUAGGCAUAAGUAAGCGUUAAUUAAAUAUAGUAAACUUUGCUAAAAAAAAAG